CAGCGGCCACAGCGGCGGCGGCGGCGGCGGCGGCGGCCCCGGCCGAGGAGCGCGCUGGGGGGGAGGGGGGGCCGCAGAGGAGCAUGAAUGGAGCAAAAUGGCGGAUCAUGUGCAGAGCCUGGCCCAACUAGAAAAUCUGUGCAAACAGCUGUAUGAGACAACAGAUACAGCCACCCGGCUGCAGGCGGAGAAAGCCUUGGUGGAGUUCACCAACAGCCCCGAUUGCCUGAGCAAGUGCCAGCUACUCCUUGAAAGAGGAAGUUCUUCCUACUCCCAGUUACUGGCAGCUACAUGCCUUACGAAGCUUAUAUCACGCACAAACAACCCCCUCCCGUUGGAACAACGAAUAGAUAUUCGGAACUAUGUGCUCAACUACCUUGCCACCCGGCCAAAGCUGGCUACUUUUGUGACACAAGCACUGAUCCAGUUAUAUGCCAGGAUCACGAAGCUGGGCUGGUUCGACUGUCAGAAGGACGACUAUGUCUUCAGAAAUGCAAUCACGGACGUCACCAGGUUUUUGCAGGAUAGCGUUGAGUACUGCAUCAUCGGCGUCACAAUUUUAUCUCAGCUAACCAAUGAAAUUAAUCAAGUAAGUGCUACAGCCUUCCUCACUGAAGCAGAUACCACCCAUCCUCUGACCAAGCACAGAAAAAUAGCCUCCUCUUUCCGGGACUCGUCAUUAUUCGAUAUCUUCACGCUUUCCUGCAACUUAUUGAAACAGGCUUCGGGGAAGAAUCUAAACUUGAAUGAUGAAAGUCAGCAUGGCUUACUCAUGCAGCUGCUCAAGCUCACGCAUAACUGCCUAAACUUUGACUUCAUCGGCACCUCCACGGACGAGUCCUCAGACGACCUGUGCACGGUGCAAAUCCCCACCAGCUGGAGAUCAGCGUUCUUGGAUGCUUCGACUCUGCAGCUGUUUUUUGACCUGUAUCAUUCCAUCCCUCCUUCAUUUUCACCUCUGGUAUUAUCCUGCUUAGUGCAGAUCGCCUCGGUGAGAAGGUCCCUGUUUAACAACGCAGAGAGGGCCAAGUUCCUCUCUCACCUGGUUGAUGGUGUUAAACGAAUACUGGAAAACCCACAGAGUUUGUCAGACCCAAACAAUUACCAUGAGUUUUGCAGACUACUGGCCCGUUUGAAGAGUAACUACCAACUGGGAGAGUUGGUAAAGGUGGAAAACUACCCUGAAGUCAUCCGGUUGAUCGCCAACUUCACGGUGACCAGCCUGCAGCACUGGGAAUUUGCCCCAAACAGUGUACACUAUCUCCUGAGCCUGUGGCAGCGACUGGCGGCCUCUGUGCCAUAUGUCAAGGCCACAGAGCCCCACAUGCUGGAAACCUACACGCCUGAGGUCACCAAAGCCUACAUCACGUCCCGCUUGGAGUCCGUGCACAUUAUACUGAGAGAUGGCCUGGAGGACCCUCUGGAGGAUACAGGUCUGGUGCAGCAGCAGCUGGACCAGCUGUCCACCAUCGGACGCUGCGAGUACGAGAAGACAUGCGCACUGCUGGUGCAGCUGUUCGACCAGUCGGCCCAGUCCUACCAGGAGCUGCUGCAGAGCGCUAGUGCCAGCCCCAUGGACAUUGCUGUGCAGGAGGGACGGCUGACGUGGCUGGUGUACAUUAUCGGAGCAGUGAUCGGCGGCCGGGUGUCUUUUGCCAGUACUGAUGAGCAAGACGCGAUGGACGGCGAGCUUGUCUGUCGGGUGCUCCAGCUGAUGAACCUAACAGAUUCUCGCUUGGCCCAGGCGGGUAACGAGAAGCUAGAGUUGGCCAUGCUGAGCUUUUUUGAACAGUUUCGUAAGAUCUACAUUGGGGACCAGGUGCAGAAAUCCUCCAAGCUGUACCGCCGGCUCUCGGAAGUGCUGGGCUUGAAUGACGAGACGAUGGUGCUCAGCGUCUUCAUCGGGAAGAUCAUCACCAACUUGAAGUACUGGGGCCGUUGUGAACCAAUCACGUCGAAGACGUUGCAGCUUCUGAAUGACCUCUCCAUUGGGUACAGCAGCGUCAGGAAGCUGGUGAAGCUCAGUGCAGUGCAGUUCAUGCUGAACAAUCACACGAGCGAGCACUUUUCAUUCUUGGGUAUUAACAAUCAAUCCAACCUGACAGACAUGCGGUGUCGGACUACCUUCUACACAGCGCUCGGGCGUCUCCUCAUGGUGGACUUAGGAGAGGAUGAAGAUCAGUACGAGCAGUUCAUGCUUCCCCUGACAGCCGCGUUCGAGGCUGUGGCCCAGAUGUUCAGCACCAACACUUUCAACGAGCAGGAAGCCAAGCGCACUCUGGUUGGCCUGGUGCGAGACCUCAGGGGCAUAGCUUUCGCCUUCAACGCCAAGACCAGCUUCAUGAUGCUGUUUGAAUGGAUAUACCCAUCCUACAUGCCGAUCCUGCAGCGGGCGAUCGAGCUGUGGUACCAUGACCCAGCCUGCACCACGCCUGUGCUCAAGCUCAUGGCGGAACUCGUUCACAACAGGUCCCAGAGGCUGCAGUUCGACGUCUCUUCUCCCAACGGCAUCCUACUCUUCCGGGAAACCAGCAAGAUGAUCACAAUGUAUGGCAAUCGUGUCCUGACCCUGGGAGAGGUGCCAAAGGACCAGGUCUACGCCCUGAAGCUCAAGGGCGUCUCCAUCUGCUUCUCCAUGCUCAAGGCCGCCCUCAGUGGCAGCUAUGUCAACUUCGGAGUCUUCCGUCUCUAUGGUGACGACGCCCUUGACAACGCUCUGCAAACCUUCAUCAAGCUGCUCCUGUCCAUUCCCCACAGCGACCUCCUGGAUUACCCCAAGCUCAGCCAGUCUUACUACUCACUACUGGAAGUCCUCACCCAGGACCAUAUGAACUUCAUCGCCAGCCUGGAACCCCAUGUCAUCAUGUAUAUCCUCUCUUCCAUUUCUGAAGGACUCACUGCACUUGACACCAUGGUGUGCACAGGCUGCUGUUCCUGCCUGGACCACAUCGUGACAUACCUCUUCAAGCAGCUGUCACGCAGCACCAAGAAGAGGACGACCCCACUGAGCCAGGAGAGCGAUCGCUUUCUGCAUAUCAUGCAGCAGCAUCCCGAGAUGAUCCAGCAGAUGCUGUCCACGGUGCUGAACAUCAUCAUCUUUGAAGACUGUAGGAACCAGUGGUCUAUGUCCCGGCCCCUGCUUGGCUUGAUACUCCUAAAUGAAAAGUAUUUUUCUGACCUAAGAAACAGUAUCGUGAACAGCCAGCCACCAGAGAAGCAGCAGGCUAUGCAUUUGUGCUUCGAAAACCUGAUGGAAGGCAUCGAGCGCAAUCUGCUCACGAAAAACAGAGACCGGUUCACCCAGAACCUGUCCGCGUUCCGUCGAGAAGUCAACGACUCGAUGAAGAACUCCACGUACGGCGUGAACAGCAACGACAUGAUGAGCUGACAUCUCCUCGGACUGACCUGUGCGGAGCAGCGUCCCCUUGGUCUGGCCCAGAGAGGGGAGCAGUUGCGAGGGAGAGGGCCUGGCUGACCCUGGUCCCUUCCUCCCCGGCCGUGAGGGAGAUGGCAGAGGUCACCUAGCUAAUUCCCUGGGGAAGGGCGUGGGUGCACUCCCUCGGGGCAGGGCGCUGCUGGUUCCUGGGGCCUGGGUGGGAGGGUGUGGGGAGGAGACACAGCCGCCCGCGCCUCCAGCCCCUCCUCCGGGGCCGCCCGACGGGGGAACCCCCAAUGUCCUGCCACAACCUGCCUUGUAUAAACAUGUACAUUUUUUCAUAACAUUUUGAACAAGGUUUAUAUUGACUCAAGUUUAAAAACAAAAAAGUGUGACUGAAAACUUUUUACAGAGUCUAGUGCACCAGUGCGGAUGUGAGGGGCUGUGUGUGCGCGUGAGGUGUUUCCUGGUGGCCUGGAGCUUUACUGGACAGGGCGUGUGAACGGACAGAGAUAUAUUUAGUGACACAGUGUAGAGAGGCAGAAACAAAAGUAAAAAUUCCAAAUGUAUAUUUUUUCUUAUUGCCCUUUCCUCACCCCCCCCCAGCAAUCACACCCUGUUACUGUAUUAACCCUUGUUAUUAGGAACUCUAAGCCAUUGCCAGAGCCCCACCCCGCCCCGUAGCUGGCACCUCCGACGGUGCCACAUCACGGCAGCAGCAGUGCUCGGUGCCCUUACCUCCACCCUGCUCCCCGCAGCUCCUCCUCCGACAUACGCCUCUCGUGAGAGUUGGAUUUCACAAGGUGUGGUAGUCUGGCCUGCAGACCACAGAGACCCGAGCAGAUUGGCGUGGCUGCCGACUGUUGGAUGAGGCCGCCGGAGGCUCCGCUGCGUGUGGCCUGCUGUCUCCCCAGCCCUUGAGGCGGUGUGUGUGGACGUAUGCGUGUGGAUAUUUAUAUACGCACCUGCACGCGUGGAUGUGUGACCUGAGGAGGCCCCCGCAGUGGAGGGGUUCUCAAUAACAAGGCCUACCUAGCAUGAAGCAGCUGACACUCCCCCACCCCCUUCCAAGCAUACGUUUUUAUAAAAUGAAAACCACAAGAAAUGUUUGGGAUAUUUAAAGAAAAGUUGACUUAGGCAAAGUGACAGAGAGAGCUGUUUGCUUUGUACUUUAUCCACAACUGUUGCUGCUGGUUGUACACAUCCUAGCUCAGCUCUUGCCCAUGGGACACUCAUCAGUUGGGUUUGGUUUUUCUUUCUCUCCCCACCCCCACUUCUCCCCUCCCCCAGCGACUGUGGUGAAUCCUUUCUGGCGUGAUCAGGUUGCGGAUAGACUUGUAAGGGUGUUUGCUGCAUACAGUGUAAGCAUUGUGACCGCCAAUAAACUUCAAUGGUUUCUACUGA